AGCCCCGCUUUUAUUCAGCCAUUCAGCUAAAAGCCGUUAGCCGACCGUAAAGUGUAAACAAAAUCGCAUUCCGAUUCCAUGGAUAUUUAAAAUAAAAACAGAGAAUCUUAUCCGAAACGUAAAACCUGAAAAUAGAUAUGGCCGAUCACGAUCUCAAAGAACUUUUGCGUGGUCUUGGAAACUGCCAAGUAUACCCAAGUAAAUGGUUUACCACCAAUGAAAAUUCAAAACCCAAAAUUGAAAUAACUCUUUGUAAAGAUAGCAAUUUGUCUAUUUCACGCUCAUGGGUUUACGCUUUUAUUAGUGGAGCUAAUAUUCCCUCAGAAGUCGCAAUCGACUACAUGUAUCAUGUUUUGGGUACAAUUCAAGAUGAAUUAAAAGAACCUUGGAAGUCAUACGGUAUUACAAUCCCUAUCGGGUCAAUAACCCCUUUAGACUUGUUGAAUGUAUCAAUAACUGAGAAUACAGGUGCUGCGAUUGAGAUCGAUCGACCCAAGACAUUUAACACUGAGAAAAACGAUAUUUAUCUUCUCAUUAUGCUUGUGGGCUUAUACAAGUUUGAGGAGACAAAUGACAAAGGCAAGACUAAGUUUUUAGAGCAGAUUAAAAGGGUAGUGUCCCCUUACUUGCCAUCUGUUGAUUGCAUACGCUCUCUUAAUACCGCCAAUGCUCAUAAACUUAAAUUUAAUACAAACUUUAAAAUGUUUGCCGCAACUUUGGACAUGUUUUUAGAAAUGUUCCCUAGAAAUAAAUUCGGAAAAGUCAGAAUUGUGACGAACAUUUUUAGGUACCAAGAAUGUUCUGCUAUCACAGAUCUUAUCUUCUUUGCUGAAAUUAUGGGAUCGGAUGGAAUAUUCAAUGCAAUCGAAUGGUUCUUUACUUUUGGCAUUAUAAGAGAUGUUAGAUUAAUGCUAAUGACCGAACCUGCUGAAGAAAUUGAAAUAAAACAUUCAUAUUUUCCAUACAUGAUCCCUUUAGGAUUGUCAAGUCAUAGUCGCAGUCCCUAUUCUGUUUCUAGAAAUGCCGGUGUACACACGCUGAUCCAUAUUGUCGGAUGCUUGCUCAAUAUUCCAAGGUCCAUAAAUUCAAUGAUCUUCGAAAAUAAUAAUAAUCGUGUGUUAGUUACAUGGCAUGCUAUUAAUGCGGGUAUAAUUUUUUUGGCACACAAAAAUCUCUUGAAGACUGGAGGAGGAUUGGAUGAGAUUAAGAAGUUAACACCAGAGGAGAGCAUUGAAGAAUUUAAAGGUAGAUCCCUCAAGUUUUCUCUAGCUGAAAAGAAACAUUUCAAAAAAGCAAUUGCUGGUAUUCAUAAACCAAGAGAAAGGACGAUUGGAGCUUGGGUCAAAACUAACUUCCUUUCACUGUUAUCAUUCGAGGAAGCCUAAAAUAAUUUUUUUAAUUUUCUUAUUUCAUUUUUUUACAGUUUGUAUUGUUUCUUAUGUUUCUUAUUCUUUAUUUAUAAUCAUUUUUACUGUUUUUAUUGUGUUUUUUUUUUAUGUUCCUUAAUUUUCGAGUUGAAUUAAAAUAAAGUUAUUUUUGUAA